UGCGCGUAUGUGAGGGUCUUCUCCUCGGAGUACAGCCAACCAUGUGCUCAGAGAAAGGUUUCCUCUCGUUUCGUGGGUUUUGAGCUGAGGACAGAGCACACUGGUAUCCAGCAGCUGUGCUCGGCUCUGCUCAGCCCCCCCCCCUCUGUCUGAGAGCCGUACCCUCCUCGCCGGCUGAGAGAGAGAGUGGACGUGGUGCUGGUGGGGAUGGACAUCUUUUCAGUAGUGUGUGCGCUGGUUUGUCCACACCCCUCAUGAGAGGCUAACCGACGGGAAAGAGCCCAGAGCCUCGCCUGCAGUAGGGAAAGUGACUCUGGAGAAGGCUGAGGAGCGGGAAUUCGCGCAGUUCACUUUCUGCAGCGGAAACGUUUCCACGUAACGUUAGCGUUACUUCACGGUCUUCGUGAGAACUCGUCUGGUGCUCCUCGUCUGAAUUUUCUCCUCUUCACACGGAUUAUUUGGAAUUACCCCGAUGGCGGCAGACAUGGAGUCCCUCCAGAGCAGUGUCCACUAUGUCCCUCUCCGUGCGGCCUACGCGCCGAGCCCUUGCCAGGUCCAUCACUAGGAGCCAGUCCUUUGCCGGAGUCAACUCCUACGAUAAGCCCUACAGGAGCCUCUCUGUGUUCAGCACUCCAGCGUGUGCGAGGAAGACACGAUCUAGAGCAAGCAGGAUGUUCACACUCUCCACUAAGUCCCCACCUCCGAAGGUGCCCCAGCCCGAGAGGCUGGAUGAAGUCUAUGAGGCCCUAAAGAGAGGACUACAGUCUUACCUGCAGGUUCAUCAGAUGGAGCUGGACAGUUUAAACCGCCAGAUGAAGGAAUCCAAGAGGAACUCUCGGCUGGGUUUUCUUUAUGAACUGGACAAGCAAGUGAAGGUGAUUGAGAGAUUCAUGAGACGGCUGGAGUUUCAUCUCAGUAAGAUUGAUGAGCUAUAUGAAGCGUAUUGUAUGCAGCGGCGACUGCGGGACGGAGCCAAUAAGAUGGUGAAAGCCUACACAGCAUCUCCUGGCAGCCGUGAGGCUCGAGAGAGUCUGUCCGAGGCCAACAAGGGUUUCAAAGAGUACACUGAGAGCAUGUGCAUGAUGGAGAGUGAGCUGGAAAACCAGCUCGGGGAGUUCCACGUGAAAAUGAAAGGUCUGGCUGGUUUUGCUCGCCUCUGUGCUGGGGACCAAUAUGAGAUCUUUAUGAAAUACGGCAGACAGCGCUGGAAACUGAAAGGUCGGAUCGAGAUCAACGGCAAGCAAGUGUGGGACAGCGAGGAGAUGGUGUUCCUGCCCCUCAUCACUGAGUUCCUCUCUAUAAAGGUGACGGAACUGAAGAGCUUGGCUAAUCAUGUGGUGGUGGGGAAUGUCUUGUGUGAGACUAAAGACCUAUUCGCCGCCCUGCCGCAGACCGUGGCCGUGGACAUCAAUGAUCUAGGCACAAUCAAACUCAGCCUGGAGGUCACGUGGAAUCCAUUUGACAAGGACGACCAAGCCUCCACAGCCAGCACAGUGAAUAAAGCUCCUACGGUGAACAAGCGUUUCUCCACCUAUAACCAGAGUCCUCCAGACACGCCCUCUCUGCGUGAACAGGCCUUCUAUUCAGCCCCUCGGAGUUUGCCGUCCAAGCAGCGCUGGUCUCUCCUGGACGUGUUCCGGGACACGCUGGCUGAGAAGCUUUCUCAAAGCUGUAGCUGCGGUGACGUCUCCUCUGCCAGCAUUGGCUCCUCUCAGUCCCACAGCCAUAACAUGCUGAGGCGGCAGGAGGAGAUGGAAAAUGGGACAGCCUGGUCGAACUCCUCUGAAUCCUCUGAUGACUCAUCCAGCCCCCAGCUCUCCCUGGGUCUACGCCACGCCCACAAGAACCUGGUCCAGCCUGAGCUUCAGACCUCCAGCCCCGCCAUCGAAAUCUCCUUCACUCCCCGCCAAUCAACCACCUCCACGCCCAUCCGCCUGACCAAUCAGAAGGAGGAAGACGAAGAGGAGGAGGAACGGGAGCUAGAGAAACCCCGGGUGACCACCAUCACGGUCACCACCGAUGCUGCUGAAAAACACAGCAUGCCAAACGGCCACGCCCGCUACUCUCGAUCGCUGAGCCACAUCAGUGAGAGCAGCGUGGAUGCUGCAUUGACAGAAAGGCCAGUCAGUGAAAGCUUGGAGCCUUCUGAGGUGUCCUCUGUGUUGGUAACUGAAGAUAUGAUGGACUUGCCAGUUCGGGCUGAGCCAUGUGUGGUCAUUCCUGAGCCCCUAGAAUCUGUUGGACCUAGAUCCUCUAUCUGCUCUGAAUCUAGCUCUGAAACAGUGCUCCCUGUAGCAGAGGAGGCCUGUGACUCUGCUGCAGAAUCUGAGAAGCCCACAGUACCUUCCAGGGCCAGCUCUGCCUCCUGUACUCGCAGUGAGGAAGACUCCAUCUGUAUAUCCCCUGAAACAGAGGCCUGUUCCCAGCAGAAUGACUCUGGGCUUUCCAGGACUGAGGACUUAACACAGGUCCAAGACACGCAACCUCUCCCUGCACAGGAUGAAAAGCUUGUGGAUAGGGCUGUGGCACAGGAAACGGUCAGUGGGCUGGAGGAGGCCCUCAAUGCUCUGAUUUCCUCUCUAGACGACUACAGGGGUCAGUUCCCUGAACUGCAGGUUCUGGAACAGGAGCUCAGGCUGCUGGAGGAAGCUCUAACUGGCCGAAGUCAUAGUCGCUCCUCCAGCGUGAGUUUGACUGUGGAGACUGCUCUGGGAAGCUUUGAUUUUCUCAACACGUCAGAUCUGGAGUAUGACGACGACGAGGAGGAAGAUGGUGAAAGGCGGAGUGUGACAGACAGUGGCCGUGCAGUAGCGGAGGAGUGUGUGGUAGAGGAUGAAGGUUGUGUGGAUCGUUGCUGGGAUGCUCCCUCUGGUCCACUAAGCACUGGCUGUCUGGCUCUAGAUCGCACCCUGCUGGUCCAUUUGCACAGCUGCAGCUCCCAACUGUUGAGGUUGGGGACAUUUGGGCCACUACGCUGUGGGGAGAUGUACGCUCUGGACCGGCUGCUCCGGGAGGCUCGUGUACUUGAACUGAUUCGACGGGCCAAAGAGAAAGCAGGCAGUGCCGACAAGCCAGAAGAAGGUGGUACAUGUUUGUGUUGGGGAACAGUUGUUCCACAGUUAGAACAGUGCCAGGGGGCAGUGUUGCUAUGGCGGCAGUGUACGGAUGGCUGCAGUGUGUUCGACACCUCCACAGAGACCUUCCUACAGACACUGAACAACACUUAUGCCAACAGAUUACCAGAGAGAGGAGCUGGCCUUGCAGACACAGUGUUUUUGCGUUUAGUGGAGAGGAUUUUAGAGCGGAGGCUGCCGAGGCGGGGCGGGAGCACAACAAAAGAAUCUCUCACUAUCUUCCAGUUCUGGAGUUACCUGGAGGCUGAAGGUGUGAGUGAACUGGACACACAUAUUGUCGAGCUGGCUGAGGAGGUGUGGUUGGUGGAGUGUUUGCAGUCUGGUGAGCAGGAUGUGUUGCUGAGAGCCCUGAAGAGACCCCCAGAGUGCAGUCUGAAGCGUGAGGGGCUGCAGGCCAUCAGCCUGCUGUUAAGGGACCCCCGGGGAAAAGUGUGCAGCAGCGCUAGCUCACUGCUGCGCAGCCUGGCCGAACAGCCACGCCACAGAGAGCGGGCGUUGGUGAGCUGUCUGGAGCUGCUGGAGGAUGAGAGUGUUGAGACUCGCGUGUGUGGUUGCAAAGCACUCGCAUGUCUAAAGGCCAAAGAGAGCAUCGAGCAGCUGGUGUAUCUGUGCCGCACAGACAAGGAGGAUGUGAGAGACGCCGCCAAACAAGCUCUGCUGGUGCUGGGCGAAGAGGGGAAGUUGGCGCAUCGGCACGUGGAAUCGGCGCAGGAUGGAGUCCCCCGCCUUUUUGCGCCUGGCAGCAUGGCCAGCACUGCGUUCUAAAUGCCAUCAUACCAGAGAUACCCACAGAAACUCUAUACCCAUCUCUCCUGUGUACUGUCAUAAUCAUGCCAACAGAAGACUCAUGAUCAAACAUGCCCCCACACACUGUUGUAGAAGUACAGACACAGACAUCAUCGCCAUGACGACUACAUAUGAAGAUGGCGUUGAAGGUUUUAUGCACUCAGUGGACACCAGGACACAUGAAAUCUGUAUGUUGAUCAGAUACAAUGUAGAAAGAAUUCUGUUAGGAGAUCCAGAAAAAGAAUGGGUGG